UGCAUGCGUCUGUAUGUCUUUUGUGUGGAACACAAAGCUCUUGAGUAAUGUUGAGUGUUAGCUACCGGCAUCAAUGUGACCUAAAGUGAGCUCUCUGACUAGGACUGGACGCUCGAUGUGAAGGUUGGAGCUAAACGUUGUAUCGCCAGACUCAGAAUGGCUGGAUGAACGGGAAAAAGCAUCAUGCUUAUGUUUCUACCAUGGUCAGUACUCAGCCUUUGGUUAAUACUGUCUGUUGUUGCAGAGGAGGAAUAUGAUUGUCAAGAAGACCUCCCGCAACAAUGUACUCCUGACAUCGAUGGGCUGGGAUUCAGUGUGUAUAACAGUGACAAUGGGAUUAUGAAACUUAACCAAUCACAUUGCAUUGAUGAGAAAAAUCCAUCUCUCCCAGACGGCCUUCGGCCUAUAAAUACCAGUUGUAUUGUGGAGAGGCAGAAAAAUCUAAAUAUCAGCUGGGAUUCAAGUGGUCUUCCAGGACAUGCUCAGUAUUCCAUUUCCUAUCUCUGUGCCCUUUCCCAUAGAUUUUGCAGUAGUAGUGAUGAGGAGAUCAUUAAGAUACACAACAAACAUGUCCAAGGCUCAUUUCACCACACACUGAUUCCAGGCCAGACGGAUUAUAUAACUUUGCUACUCAACGUGUCCUUCCCAGACAUAUGGUACAUUCAGACACAGCAUUGGAAAGUCUGUGCUGUUGAAAAACUGGAUCCUCUUCAAGUAAAUGUGACAAUUCAGUCAAAUCAGUUAUACCUUGAAUGGGAUCUGCCUAAAAGUCGAUCAACAGAAAACCCUAAAUGCUUUGAGUAUGAAUUGAAGGUCAAUGAUGAGGUCAGAAAAUUCGAUGGCAUUCAGCAUUAUAAAGAGCCAAAUUUGGAUCCAACCCAGAAGCACAAAAUCAAAAUUAGAGUAAAGAAGACGAGUUUAUGCUGUGAUCCUGGAGAUACUUGGAGUGACUGGACUGUUAUAGAUUUGCACAAAUCCGCAGACAUCCCAUUAGACAUCCAUAUUGGGGUGAUCAUUGCUAUUGCUCUUGGACUUCCCAUGAUCCUCUUGGCUAUAUUGCUUCUCUGCAAAUUCCAAAGGGUUUUUGAUAAAAUGUUCCCACCAAUCCCAGGCCCAUCCAUCAAGAUUAAAGGCCUGCUUGAGAAAGACAUCACAUCUCAGAUCCUGUCUCACAAAUGUGUGGAAGAGGUCACUGAGGUGGAAGUAAAGGAGAAUGAGGAGGAAGAGGAGCACUGGUGAGAAGGUGCUGCGUGUGCCACUAAAAGGUGGGGCAGUUUUUCCAGAGAAGGACAACAGUAUAGUUGACAGAGCGGAACUGCUUUGGACAAUGAGCAAAGUCUUUUCAACCUUUGCAUGUACGUUCCUCAUUCCUUUUCCUCCAUUUUGAGGAUCUUACUGAAGACUGCAAACUGGGCUGUUUUUUGUGCUGUCUUUGACAACUUUUAUCUUCUAUGUUGUAUUUGUCAAUUGUACAUUUACUCUGGAGGAGCUCGCAAUACCAGUAACAUUUCAGCAUGUGUGCCUGUGCAUUGUUGAUAUGGAUGAUAUGAGAUACUGUGAAGUAAAUCUUGUUCUACU